UUGGCGGAGUGGCGGGCGGCCCUGGCUGGGAGCCGAGCCGGCGACGGGGCCGGGAUUCCCUAGUGGUGCCGGCGGCAACAGCAGCGGGUCCUGGGGCCUGGAGCGGAGGAGGCGGCUGUCGGGGCCCGUCCGGGAGCGGAGGAGGCGGCGGGCCCCGGCCCCGGGUCGCCGAGCAUGAACCACAAGAGCAAGAAGCGGAUCCGGGAGGCGAAGCGCAGCGCCCGGCCAGAGCUGAAGGACUCGCUGGACUGGACCCGGCACAACUACUGCGAGACCUUCCCGCUGAGCCCGGCGGCCUGCACGGAUAAUGUGGAAAGGGCAGAUGCACUCCAUUUAUCGGUGGAAGAAUUUGUUGAGCGUUAUGAAAAGCCUUAUAAGCCUGUAGUUCUGUUGAAUGCUCAGAUGGGCUGGUCUGCCCAAGAGAAGUGGACUCUAGAACGCCUGAAGCGCAAGUACAGGAACCAGAAGUUCAAGUGUGGUGAGGACAAUGAUGGGUACUCUGUGAAGAUGAAGAUGAAAUAUUACAUAGAGUAUAUGGAGACCACACGUGAUGACAGCCCCCUCUACAUCUUCGACAGCAGCUAUGGAGAGCACCCUAAGCGCAGGAAACUCCUGGAAGACUACAAAGUGCCCAAGUUCUUCACUGAUGACCUAUUCCAAUAUGCAGGAGAGAAGCGCAGACCACCUUAUAGAUGGUUUGUAAUGGGCCCACCUCGAUCAGGAACAGGAAUUCAUAUUGAUCCUCUGGGAACCAGUGCUUGGAAUGCCUUAGUCCACGGACAUAAGCGCUGGUGCCUCUUCCCUACCAGCACUCCCAGAGAGUUGAUCAAAGUGACACGGGAAGAAGGAGGGAACCAGCAGGAUGAGGCGAUCACUUGGUUCAGUAUCAUAUACCCUAGGACACAGCUCCCCACCUGGCCUCCUGAAUUCAAACCCCUGGAAAUUGUGCAGAAACCAGGCGAGACCGUCUUUGUACCAGGUGGCUGGUGGCACGUAGUUCUCAAUCUCGAUACAACCAUUGCCAUCACACAGAACUUUGCCAGCUGUACCAACUUCCCUGUGGUAUGGCACAAGACAGUAAGAGGGAGGCCAAAAUUAUCAAGGAAGUGGUACAGGAUCCUAAAACAAGAGCAUCCUGAGCUGGCAGUGUUGGCUGAUUCAGUUGAUCUACAAGAAUCAACAGGUAUUGCUUCUGAUAGUUCCAGUGAUUCCUCCAGUUCCUCUAGCUCCAGCUCCUCGGACUCUGAUUCAGAGUGUGAUUCUGGCUCUGAGACUGAAGGGAUGAUGCAUCGGCGGAAAAAGAGAAGGACUUGCAGCAUGAUGGGUAACGGUGACACUACCUCUCAAGAUGACUGUGUGAGCAAAGAACGCAGCUCCUCCAGGAUUAGGGAAUCUUGCGGAAGCCGCGCUCACCCCUGAGAGCUAACAAGAACCGUCUAGAGGCAGCUGCCACUCGAAGCUCCGUUAGCAGCCAGCUCUGUUCUACCCCUCUCAGCUCCUAUCUACUCUUAUGAUCCUUCUCAAGUCUUCACUGCUACUUUGAUCCAAACUCCUAUCUUCCAUCACGUGCUGACUAAAGAUGACUCCUUACUAACUACUGGGGGGAACUCGCAAGUCUAAAUGACUGUGCAAUGCUUAGUGCCCUUCUGUACCCCCAAAAAAGUGCACUAAAUGAUCAGAAAAUAACCCAGCUCUGGGCAAGGACAUGCCAUGUGUCUUACAGUUCAUGAAGUUGGCAAGGAAAACAGUCUGAUACCUGUUUUUAAAGGACUAUUUUAAAACCAGCAGCUACAUCCAGAAACCUACCCUGCUUUGACCCUGUCAUACGUUUACAUGUACUGCACAUGCUGAAAUUAGGAGAGGAUCUUGGCACCUUUGCUCUACACAAACAUCCGGUGGAUAUUGUACCAGAGCGCUGGAAGGGAGACUAACUGUUAUGUACUCUGAACUCUGAGGUGACUUCAAAUGACUAGAAAUGGCUACCUGUGAGAAGCACCUUUUGUGGUCAUAUUAAUCUACGUACACUCUGACUAAACCCAAAUAGUCUAAGAUGUGACACCUUAACCAGCAAUGAUCAUAUGUACUUAUGCUUGGUAUCUGCCAUAUUAAGUAUAAAAAGAUUAACUGGCACUUGGAUGUAGCAUUGGGGCUUGAGGGAACAAGAGAUGAGUGGCUUCUUGUAUAGUAGAAGCCACUGAAAGUCACCAUCUAUCAACAGUUACCCAUGAACCUUAGGUGUAGGGGGAAAACUAUAUAACUGAAUUACAGACUUUAUUCAGCCCCAGCAAGCAGCUGUCUCUUUGAGGUCAUGUAUUUAGGAGCUUAGUAGCACUUGCUCUGGGCUCUGUAAAAGAGUACCGGGGGGGGGGGG